GCACAUCUCAAUCUCACAUCCCACACCUGGCGCAUCCCAUACCUCAGCUCUCAGGUCUGCGUCAAGAUUGCUACAGAUCAGGACGUGUUGUUGUCUCUCACAUAACCCGAGACUUACACCGUCCCUUCCAACUGCGAGUUCUUAACCUGCCUACCCAAUCCGACGCCCCUCAUUCCAUCCGUCGUAUCAUGGCGUCCACGGUCGACAUUACCUCGUCCUUCAUACAAGGCGCUCCUCCAGGAGAGCUACAGGAUGUAGUCAAAGACAUCCAAAUCCUCGCCUCGGACAAUGACCCUUCUUUAACUGCAAAGCUCAAGCCUGCUUUCCAGAAAUACAACGAGGAGCAACUGGUGGCCGUCAAGCUCCCCGGUGCCAGUGAUCAUGUUUUAAUCUCCUCAUACAACCGUGUCCCCUCGAGUACAAACAAGUACUACGACACCGCUUCAUCCACAUCCUUCGACUUUGACCAUAGCACUUCCAAAGCCAGCAACUCCCAAUCCUACACCCAUGACACCCAGCACACUUCGCUCAUUCAAUCCAUCUUGAAAUCUCUAUCAACACACUUUGCCGAACACUACCCACCAAGCUCAUCUUCUGCCUUCUCCGUCUCCGCCACGCCGCAGGACGAUCAGGUUGCCAUCCUCCUCUCAACUACAAAAUCCUCACCCAAGAACUUCAUCUCCGGUCGCUGGCGGAGUACAUUCCUCUACGACCCAUCUAACUCGAGUCUUCAAGGCUCGAUCAAUGUACACGUGCAUUAUUAUGAAGAUGGGAAUGUGGCGUUGACGACCACCAAGAAGAUCCAGUCGGUGACCGUGGAUGGUAGCGAUGGGGCCAGUAUAAUCCGCAAGGUUGCCGCCAUUGAGAAACAGUAUCAGGAAGAGGUCAACCGGACUUUGGUCGCCUUGAAUGAGACAAGUUUCAAAGCUUUGAGAAGGCAAUUACCUGUCACACGUCAAAAGUUGGAAUGGGAGAAGAUUCGGGGGUAUGGCCUCGGAGGAGACUUGAGAGGAGAGGCUAAACGAUAGAGACAACACCGUGUGAUCAAUUUCAUGUUUGGGGGGGAUUAAAGUCGACACUGCCUACGUGAACGAAAUCCUGGAGCCAACGACUAGCGAGAAAUGCAUACAAUCUAUCACAAAUGACCAUUCUCAAUGUGCUCUCUUUGCCAAACA